AGUGGAGCCAAGGCACAAUCUCCCCUCCCCUCGGCCUCCCACCACCACACGCCCCACCCCACCCCCUGGCUUGCUCUCCUUACGGACCCAGUCCCUCCCGCCUGGCCGUAGGCUCAGGCGGCCAGCGCAUCCCGGGAGGCGGUGGAGGGGCGCAGACCGAAGAGUUCCUAGCGCACAUCCAUGGAGCAGCGGGGACGGAGGGGCGCCAGGGGAGGAGGGCUUCCCCCACCCAAGGCUCCAGCCGCCAUGGAGUGAAAACGGGGCGGCAGGGGCCGGAGAGCCCGGGCCAAGACGAGGAGCCUGCUGAGAACUGAGCGGCUGCAGCGGCCCGGGAGCGGACAUUUCAAAGAUGGUUUGGCUGCCUUUGCGACUUGGAGAUCUGAUGCCAUAAUGAGGACUCACACACGGGGGGCUCCCAGUGUGUUUUUCAUACAUUUGUGCUAUUUAGUGGCAGCCUACAUCACUGACGAGAACCCAGAAGUCAUGAUUCCCUUCAUCAAUGCCAACUAUGACAGCCACCCAAUGCUGUAUUUUUCCAAGGGGGAGGUGGAGGAGCUGCAGCGGAGGGCAGCCAGUACACACCGGCACAUUGCUGCACGGUUAACUGAAGCGGUGCAUACCAUGCUGUCUAGUCCUCUGGAGUAUCUUCCUCCUUGGGAUCCCAAGGAUUACAGUGCAAGGUGGAAUGAAAUCUAUGGCAACAACCUGGGUGCCUUGGCAAUGUUCUGUGUGCUGUAUCCUGAGAACAUCGAAGCCCAAAAUAUGGCCAAGGACUACAUGGAGAGGAUGGCUGCUCAGCCUAGUUGGCUAGUGAAAGAUGCUCCUUGGGAUGAGGUCCCCCUUGCUCACUCUCUGGUUGGCUUUGCCACUGCCUAUGACUUCCUGUUCAACUACCUGAGCAAGACCCAGCAGGAGAGGUUUCUUGAAGUGAUUGCCAAUGCCUCAGGAUAUAUGUACGAAACAUCGUACCGCCGCGGAUGGGGGUUUCAAUACCUGCACAAUCACCAGCCCACCAACUGUAUGGCCCUGCUGACAGGAAGCCUGGUCCUGAUGAAUCAAGGUUAUCUUCAGGAAGCCUAUUUGUGGACCAAACAAGUUUUAGCCAUCAUGGAGAAGUCUAUGGUCUUACUCAGAGAAGUCACAGAUGGCUCCCUCUAUGAAGGAGUCGCCUAUGGCAGCUAUACCACCAGGUCCCUCUUUCAGUAUAUGUUCCUGGUACAGAGACAUUUUGAUAUCAACCACUUCAGUCACCCUUGGCUUAAGCAACACUUUGCAUUCAUGUACAGAACAGUUCUUCCAGGUUUUCAAAGAACGGUGGCAAUUGCAGACUCAAAUUACAACUGGUUUUAUGGGCCAGAAAGUCAGUUGGUGUUUCUAGAUAAAUUUGUCAUGCGUAAUGGCAGCGGCAAUUGGCUGGCAGAUCAGAUUCGACAGAACCGAGUGAUAGAAGGCCCAGGAACAGCAUCCAAAGGGCAGCGCUGGUGUACUCUGCACACUGAGUUUCUCUGGUAUGAAGCCAGCUUGGGUUCUGUACCUCCCCCGGAUUAUGGAACCCCUACGCUUCAUUAUUUUGAGGACUGGGGUGUUGUGACUUAUGGAAGCGCCCUGCCUGCAGAGAUCAAUAGACCUUUCCUUUCCUUCAAGUCAGGAAAACUUGGGGGACGUGCAAUCUAUGACAUCGUCCAUAGAAACAAGUACAAAGAGUGGGUAAAAGGAUGGAGAAAUUUUAAUGCUGGCCAUGAGCAUCCUGACCAAAACUCAUUUACCUUUGCUCCCAAUGGCGUGCCUUUCAUCACAGAGGCUCUCUAUGGGCCAAAGUACACCUUCUUCAACAAUGUGCUAAUGUUUUCCCCAGGUGUAUCAAAGAGCUGCUUCUCUCCCUGGGAAGGUCAGGUCACAGAAGACUGUUCGUCAAAGUGGUCAAAGUACAAACAUGACUUAGCUGCACACUGUCAAGGGAGAGUGGUUGCUGCUCUGGAGAAGGAGGGAGUGGUUUUUAUACGAGGGGAAGGAGUUGGAGCCUACAACCCUCAGCUAAGGCUGAAGAAUUUCCAGAGGAACCUAAUCCUCUUGCACCCUCAGCUGCUCCUCCUUGUGGACCAAAUCCACCUGGAAGAAGAUAGUCCUCUAGAGGCAGCAGCCAGCUUUUUUCACAAUGUGGAUGUUCCUUUUGAGGAGACUGUGGUGGAUGGUGUCCAUGGAGCUUCCAUUAAGCAGCGAGAUGGUACAUAUAAAAUGUAUUGGAUGGAUGAUACUGGGUAUAGUGAGAAAGCAACCAUUGCUUCAGUGAUGUACCCCCGGGGAUAUCCAUACAAUGGAACAAACUAUGUGAAUGUCACCACACACCUCCGUAGCCCCAUCACCAGGGUAGCCUAUCUUUUCAUAGGACCUUCUGUAGAUGUUCAAAGCUUCAGUAUCCAUGGGGAUGCUCAACAACUGGAUGUAUUUAUAGCCACUAGUGACCAUGCUUAUGCAGUAUACCUUUGGACAGGUGAGGCUGCUGGACAAACACCCUUUGUACAUGUCAUUGCAGAUCGCCAAAAGAUUCUGUUUGAUCAGUCUGCCAUCAUUAAGAGCUCCCCUGUGUCUGAGGUGAAGGACUAUGCUGGAAUUGUAGAACACAGUCUUCAGCAUUUCAAGCCAGUUUUCCAGCAGCUAGAGAAGCAGAUCCUGUCCCGUGUCCGUAACACAGCUAGCUUUCGAAAGACUGCUGAGCGCCUGCUGAGAUUUUCAGAUAAGAGACAGACGGAGGAAGCCAUUGAUAGGAUAUUUGCAAUCUCUCAGCAGCAGCAGCAGAGGAAGCAGCAGCUACAAGGCAAGGCAAAGAAGAACCGAAGGACAGGCAGGCGCUACAAAUUCAUUGAUGCCGUCCCUGAUAUUUUUGCACAGAUUGAAGUAAAUGAGAAAAAGAUCCGACAGAAAGCUCAGAUUUUGGCACAGGAAGAAUUGCCUAUAGAUGAAGAUGAAGAAAUGAAAGACCUUUUAGAUUUUGCUGAUGUCUCCUAUGUGAAACAUAAAAUUGGGGUACCAUUCAGAGGCCAGUUUGGGCAGGCCCAGAUGGUGACAACCACCCGAAGUAGGGCCCCCUCAAUAUCUGCUUCCUAUACCAGGCUUUUCCUCAUUCUGAACAUUGCUAUUUUCUUUGUCAUGCUGGCAAUGCAACUGACUUACUUUCAGAGGGCCCAGAGCCUGCAUGGUCAAAGAUGUGUCUAUGCAAUCCUUCUGGUUGAUAGCUGCAUCUUACUGUGGUUGUACUCUUCUUGUUCCCAGUCUCAGUGCUAGCCAUGCUACUAUGAACUUCCCGGCCAUUCUAUGAUCCCUGGAAUCUAUGCAAAACUUAAAAACCCCUAAGAGGGUGCUAUUUUUUUUUGGUGAUUUUAGUCUUCUCAAAUGCAUUCCAGGAAAUCUGAGAGCAGGAGAAAGAGAAGGAUCUUUUCAGGAAAAGGGGAGAGAGAAAGAGACACACACACACAUACACACACACACACACAUACAUACACACACACACACACACACACACACACACACACACACACAAUAAGGCUAGGGCAGGCUUCUUUCAGAAACAAAGACUCACUUGAUGGUCCCCUAGCAUCUGGAAAAGUAUUUUGCUUUGCUAAUGACAAUAGUCAAAGCAUGAUUACUUUUAGCUGAAACAAAAAGUUCCGAAUGAAGUAAUUAUCAUACUUUUCUUAACCAUGGCAUAAAAAAGAGGGAGGGGACUUAUUUUUAGAAUUGGGUUUGUAUCAUGAACUUGAUGUUCAGCUCAGACAUUGUUCCAUGACUACCAGAGAAUUUUUAAAUCUUGAAACACAAUAUGUGUUGCAGUGCAAAAUUCUUUCCCCUGGAGGUAGUCUCAAUAGUGCUUUAAUUAGGUCACUUUAUUGGAUCAUACCUUUAAAGUUGGAAGAGACCUUAGAAGCCAUAUAGUCCAAAUCCCUUUCUUUUUGCAGAUGAGGAAACCAAGUCCCAGAGGAAGAAAAUGACAUGUCCAAGGUGACAUAGGGAGUUAGUGGCCAAGCUGGGAUUCAAACUCAGAUUUUCUGAUUCUGAAUCCAACACUGUUUCCAGCACACCCACUUUAAACAAGAUUAGUAAGUGCUUAUGAAGUGCAAGGCACUAGGCGAUGCACUGGGGAAACAAAAAGAAAAACAAAACAGUCCCUGCUUUCAAUUAGGUCGUAUUCCACAGGAGAUACAAUACACAAAUGUAUAUGUAUACACACAUAUAUACAUAUGCACAUAUAUAUGUUAUAUAUGUAUGUAUGUAUACAUGUGCAGGACUAUAUACAGAAAUAAGUAAAUACAAAUUAACCCAAAUGGGUUAACAUUCAGAUUGCAAAAGAGAGAGUGCCAAGGUACCAUGAAAAACUUAGAAUAUUUUUCCUCCCAGGGAGCAAAAAAAAUUUCUUGGCAGUAUAAAUCUACACAUUCUUAUACACACAGAAACACACACACACACACACACCCCUGACUGACAAACACUUCCCAAACUUCUAAGUGUAGUUUGAGAUAAAUUCUCUUAUCUGAUUCACCAUCAGGAUAGGAGCUUUAAUUGUGACUGAAAGUUAAGUUUGAUCCUGCUAUCCUUUGUAUGGUAAAAAAAAAAAAAAGCUACCAGCUAAAAGGAUAAAUAAUUAGAAAGGUCAUUUGUGUGACUUAAAAGUAGAUUUCCACACCAAAGAAGAUAAGAAGCAAAAUAUUAUAUAUGAUGGUUAUGUUUCUAAUAAGGGAAGAAAUGCUUUCCUUCAAGUUUAUUUUGCUAAUAAACAGAUGGUUAUUGUCUCAA